UUACAGGUCUAAUGAUGAUCAGAUCCGGUCUCGCCAGCGUCGUAGCCGGGGUGGUAUGGGGAGCCAGUCUCGGGGUUCUUCCAGCCAUGUUCAGGAUUCCGUUUCGCCCCACAGCUCAUACCAUACAUCUCCCUCUCCAUUACUCGCUCAUGCUGCUCCCGCUCCCGCUGCUGCACCCGCUCCUGGUCCCGCUGCUGCACCCGGUCCUCUGGGAGUGAUGAGGGUUGCGGAGUUGGUUCGACAGCCCGGUCGUGACCAUCUUCCCUAUCUCACUGAGUAUCCACAUGGACAUGGUCAAACAUGGUUCAACCGAUCCGGGAAUGGGAUCAGCGCAUGGAUCAACCGUAUGAUGUACUCGGCCCUCGACAGCGGACAUCCGACUUUCACUCACUUCCCUGUCGAGAAGCAGCAUCUGUGGUUUCAGCAGUUUGCGCAAGAAUUCAACUGGAAUGCCGAUGAUACGCUCUCUAUCUAUCACCAUUUUGUCCAUAAAGUUAUGGACAACUAUGGGAAGCAGAUGUACGAGUGGAAGAAGAAGUGGGAAGUAAACAAGGUCCCAAAGUCGAUGAACGACACGGUCUGGAAGGAGUUGUGUGCGCAUUGGGAUAAAGAAGAGACGAAAGAAACUUCUUCCACCAACUCCAACAACCGCAGGAGCGACCGUAAAGGAAAGGGCAUCUACAAGCAUAACUUGGGUGCUCAAUCUAUUGCCACUCUGGCGGAUCGCAUGGCGGAAGAAAAUGAAGGCCACCCAGUUGAUGAUCUCGCCCUUAUGAAAAGGGCGUAUACCAACAAGAGGACCGGCCAGAUUGAUGAUGGUCUUGUGAGGGACGUGGUCGACCUGGUCCAAACUCAGGUGUAUGACGAAGUGUCUCAGCUUCAAACCGAUGAUGACGAUUCGACGGCCUCGACCAACUUGUCUCGGGUUCGAAUCAACGAAAUCGUUGAAUCGUCGGUUCCAAAGAAAAAGGGACGUUUGGUCGGUUUGGGUCGUCGCUCCCGGUCGGCUGCUCCUUCUUCUGCACCACAUGCGUAUGUUGAUCCAGAAGUUCUUACGGCUCAGCUGAAGGACAAGGAUGAUCGGAUAUCUGCGUUGGAGACUCAGAUGGCAGCUCAACAGGCGGGCUAUGAGACCCAGAAGAGGCUGAACGAGCAGAUGAUGGAGAUGAUGAAGAGGAUGUACCCGAACGAGACGUUCCCGAACAUUCAAGACCCUUCCUCGGAAAAUUCCGAGGAACUUUCUCCCCUCGGCAAAUUCCGACGAACUUUAAGUUCCUCGGAAUUUUCUGAGGGAAAAAUUCCUCGGAAUGUUCCUCGGUAUUUUCCGAUAAACAUUCCGAGGAAUAUUUCGUCGAAACUUCCGAGGAUUGGGCCAUCGGAAUUCCCUCGGUAUUUUCCGAGGAACCUUCCGACGAACUUCGUGUCCUCGGAGUAUCCUCGGAAUUUUGUUUCCUCGGAAUUCCGUCGGAAAAUUCCGACGGAAUUCCGAGGAAUUAUGAAUUUCCGAGGAGUUAUUUCCGAGGACUUUUUUCGUCGGUAUGUCCUCGGAAUAGCGUUAUUCCGACGACAUACCGACGAUUUUUUCCCUCAG